CUGUGAAAUAGAAGCGAUCGCGCUCUUGUGGUACAAUGAAAAUAUACAACGCAAAAAAUAUGGCUGUCCGUCUGUCAUGCGAUAACAUUUUGUAAAUAAAGCAAACGUCCACAGUAGUUUUGCUUGCUGCUAACUCCUGCUUCGCGUCGCGCAAAUAAAUACCAGUGCAAUCAAUCUUUAGAGUGGACAAUUAAUGAUCAAUUAUCCACAAUGGCUGAAAGUAACAGCAGCAACAUCAACGACAGUGCCAACGACAAUUGGUUCGGAUCGUGGUUAACUGCUGCAAAGAAUAAAAGCUGUGAAGUCUUGGAGUUUGUCAAGAAGGACCUGGAGGAGUUUGGUAGUGUUGUGAAAAAUGAAGCCACCAAUGUUGUCAGUACAACUGGUAAUGCCCUAGAGAAAACUUUGAAGUUGGAUGAGCCUGAAUCAACAGUAAACACCAUGAAGAGGUCAAUAAGUUCAUUCCUAGGUCAAAUGAACGAAGUCUUAAAUCCUAGUCCAGACGAUUCCGACACUGAAGCUAUAAUGGUUGUCGAUGGACAAGAAACAGUUCCGUUGACAAAAUUACAGCAAGCGAUUUACGAACUGCAAAAAAGCGAGAGCACAUUUACCGAUGAUCCUGACGAGUCAUCAGUGAAGCAGUAUCAAUCAUGGUUGGAGAUUAUAGAUGAUGAACUUUCUGAAGAAAGGUUGAGCAGGCAUUUACUUAAGUCUCAGAUGUUGAAGGACCAAUACACCAGUCUAGUUCCGCUCAAGGUAGAACACGGCGCAUUUUGGAAGAGAUAUUUGUUUAAAAAGGCGCUCCUGGAGGAUGAUAUUGCUCGCCAGGAGGCAAUGCAGAAGCGUGAGGCGAAAGAGAAAGAAGCGACGAUAGAGAACGUUAAAUGGGAAGAAGGAACGAACAUUAAUGAUGUUGCAGAGGAGUUCGCCAAAGAUAUUGAGCUGAGUGAAGAGGAGCAGAUCCGCUUGCUGGAACAGUACGAGCACGAGACAAAGGCACGCAAAUCGUCGACGACCUCCAGUCCGUCCGAUAAAGAGACAAUAGACUCCAAAAAGGAGAUUAAAAUAAAGAAAGUGUCCCCGUCUACAAAAAUGCAAGUCUCAAAAGUCUCGAAUAAAUCAUCAAAACCAGUAGCAAAGACGAAUAAAAUCAGCACCAAGUCACCACCUAAAACGCCGAAAAAUAAACCACUCAGCGAAGAACUCGAAAACGCCAUGGAGAAGAAGCCGGCGAGCAGCAGCAGCAGCAGUACGGAUGGCGACUGGGAGAAAAUAUCGGAUUAAACGCGGGCACUGUAUGUUGAUGGAUGUUAAACCAAGUUAGUAGUUAUUGCAUUUAUACCUAUAUUUUUGUUCAAUAUUAGUCACGGUUUUACUAUUACUAGCCUAUGAUAUGAUUGCAUUCGAGUUUAAAUUAUAACGGACGAAAAUUACUUCUAAUCUAAUUAAUAAGAUUAGUUAUAUAAACGCAGAAAAAAUUUGGUAAAUGCUUUAAUUCUGAUGGUUUUCAAUUUUUAUUUUCGUGUAAUUGUUUCUUUAUAUGUUGUGUUAUGAAUAGUUCAUAUUUUAUAUUAAAUAGUGUUGAUAUUUAAUUUGUUCGAAGCCGAUAAUGGGGUUCUGAGCAGAUUGCUUCGAUUUCUAAGCGUGAUUGAACGAUAAUGGAUAAAAACAUGUUUUUAUUGAUAGAACACUCAUCAUAGUAGAAUUCCGAUUAUUAAAAAUAAAACAAAAGACUUAAAUCAUGUUCUUGAAGAUAAAAAAUACACUGUUGAUUAGAUUUAAGGUUGAAAUAAAAAUUAUAAAAUAUACGAUACUUUCCAAGCAAAA